AUGUUGGUGGAAGAGAUCCCUAAAUCGAACGACAAGAACAACUCGACAAUAUAUUUCUCGUCGUCAAUAAAUCUUUCUGCUAGACCUACAUACAAGAACUUCGAUUCGGCCAAUGGUGACGAUGCAAACAGAAACUCCAAAAGCAGACCUAAAGUCAAUUACAACUUGACAGAUCUUCUAAACGCCCAAACACAGGCAAACUACAGCAAUGGAACGAUUACGAGCGGGAACUUCAAGUCAUCGCAGCAACUCCAGCUUGAAAAGCUCAUCGUGAAACGUCUAGGGGAGCUAAGCAAGGAAACACCGGUUCCAAACUUCGAGAUACCGAAAACUUUCGGCUACACGAGUAUACAUUCCAAAGGCACGGCUGCUGACAAGAAAAAGGUGAGGUUGGGCAAUACUCCUUCGACAAAGAAGAUCUUGGCUGCUAGGAGAAACCUCAACUCGUAUUUUGAGGAGGAAAAGAACCUUAUAUCCAUCAACACCAUUCUUGGGGUGAACUUCCUGUUUGCUGAGCAGAAUGACGAGCUUCUACAAGGAGCGUCAGCCAAGAAGCGGAAAGUCGGGGAGAAGGUUUUUAAGCCUAAGACCAAGCUCUGUUGUAUCUGUGGAAGUAAGUCGAGCUACUCCAGAUGCAGCAAUUGUGGGCUAUAUUCUUGCAGCGUCAGAUGUAUACGGCUUCAUCAUGAUCUGAGGUGUAAUUAA